GGCUCUAAAUUAACUACAGUUUAGACAAACAGGAAUAUAACCCGCAGGGAUUUACUCUGCAAUAAAAAUGAAACAAGGGGACGAAAUUGUGCAGGUCAGUUUCUCUUCAUAGUCGAUACUUCACACGUUUUGCCGCUGUCGUGUUCUUUUAUUGAAGAAAACAUUCUUUUGUGCGGGUGGAGCAUUGAGGUGGAUUUCUGUGCUCCCAGGAUGGUGUUCAGGUCCCUUUUCUCCCACAGAGGUAACAGAUGGCCUGCCUCGUGACAUGUGUCGUGUUCAGUCUAUCCCACAGGCACUGGCAGUAAAAUGUGCAUGAUUUUACCUUCUGUGCACCAAAACUCACUGGGUUUGUACUGCUCUGCCGCUCCUAACCCAGCUCCAAACUGGAUGUGUCUUUAUCUCGUGCAGUUUUCCAGACACUUGCUCAAUUUUUGUGGCUCAGAAAUGUGACACAUUAAAUGUAUGAUAAAACUAUUAUAAUUUGGGCUGAGCUGUAAUUAAUCCUGUUCAUAAAAGAUAUGUGGUCCCCUGAAAAAGAAAUUAUGCACAUUAUGGGCUGUAAAUCCUCAACUCUUCCUCCAAUUUGGAGAUGAGAACCAUUUAUGUUAAUUUUAGCUGGGGGGUCCGCUUUAUUAAGCUAAAUUAACCAUAAAUGGUAUUUAUCUUCUAUAAUAAAUUGUUACAUUACCAUCUGCACCCUCACCCUUAAUUUACAGACUCAUUAGAUGUAAUAUUAAAUGAAUGCUUGCUCACUUGUGUGAUUGCACAGAGACAAGCUCAGUUUAUUUUGUGUGUUUUAAUAAUUGUUGCAUUUAAAGGAUCUAACAUUUUGUGUUAGAUCAUGCCCCAUUAAAUCCUUUUUAAUCCUCAUAUUCCCAAAACAUCCUCAAAUACAGAAAAAUCAUUCUAAAACCUUUAUAUUAUUUUAUGUAUAUUUCUGUUGAAGAGUUUGUAACUGAGUAGGCCCGGCCAGGUGAAAAGUCCCGUGUGCGCUGAAGCGACGAGUCUUGGGCGUCCUGUUUCUCCUCUGCCUCCUCCUGCUAUGUGAUAGCCAGAGUUUUAUUCCCAGCCGGCAGACAUGCUGCCUCCCCUGCCAAGCGGUGAGAGCAGCGAGGACGGCCAGAUGAAACGGUGCCCUGCUAUCUGCAGCUGAGUUCAACUGGGGUUGAACGUGCACCAUGUAGAUCCAUCAGGGCUGGAAAAGCAGGACUAUCAGGAAGUUACCUAUAUUGUUUGUGGAGAUCUCCUGAAAUGUUUAAGGUGAUCCAAGUUAUCUGUUUGGUAAUGCUGCUCCCUGAAGGUGAGUCUUCUAUUGCUUAGUUUUGGUGUUUGAAUAUAUUAAUGCUCCUUAAAUGGUAAAUAAAUAAAGAAUAUACCUAAACUGACUCAGGUUUGAAGAACAUAGACAACAGGGGUGUUAAAUUUAGCAUGCAGGUUAAAAACCAGUUAGCUGUUGCAAAAGCAGCAUUUAUUUACCCUCUGAUGCAUGAACAUUUGUGGCCAAUUCCUUUAAUUAGUAGCAAAUCACAAAUAUAUUUAUGAACAACGAUCACUCUACAGCUAUAGAAUAACCUUUUACUCCUCUCCUUCAGUGGCUCGGGGUGCACAGGGCCACUUUGCUCAGAAGCUCCUGAAUGAUCUGAUGGAGAACUACUCCAACGCCCUGCGGCCCGUAGAGGACACGGACCGAGCCCUCAAUGUCACCUUACAGAUCACCCUCUCCCAGAUCAAAGACAUGGAUGAGAGAAACCAGGUGCUGAUCGCCUACCUGUGGAUUAGGCAGACCUGGCAUGACGCCUACCUGAAGUGGAACACGGAGGACUACGAUGGACUGGAUGUCAUCCACAUCCCCAGCAGCCUGGUGUGGAGGCCCGACCUCGUCCUCUAUAACAAAGCUGACGAUGACUUUUCCGGGCCCAUGGACACUAAUGUGAGGCUGCGCUAUAAUGGAGAGAUAACCUGGGAUGCUCCUGCCAUCACCAAGAGCUCCUGUGUGGUGGACGUCUCCUACUUCCCGUUUGACAGUCAGGAAUGCAACCUCACUUUUGGCUCCUGGACCUACAAUGGCAACCAGGUGGACAUCUUCAUGGGCAUGGACAGCGGUGACUUGUCCGACUUUGUGGAAAACGUUGAGUGGGAAUGCCAUGGGAUGCCGGCCACUAAGAAUGUCAUAAUGUACGGCUGCUGCUCUGAUCCAUACCCAGACAUCACUUACAGGGUGCUGCUGCAGCGCCGCUCUUCAUUCUACAUCUUCAACCUCCUCCUCCCCUGCUUCCUUAUCUCCUUCUUGGCUCCUUUGGGUUUCUACCUGCCUGCCGACUCAGGGGAGAAGGUUUCUCUGGGGGUGACGGUUCUCCUGGCUCUCACUGUGUUCCAGCUCAUGGUGGCUGAGAGCAUGCCACCUUCAGAGAGCGUACCGCUCAUUGGAAAGUACUAUAUAGCCACCAUGACCAUGGUCACAGCCUCUACAGCACUCACCAUCUUCAUCAUGAACAUUCAUUUCUGUGGCGCAGAAGCUAAACCAGUACCACACUGGGCCAAAGUGCUCAUCAUAGACUACAUGUCCAAGAUUUUCUUUGUUUAUGAAGUGGGAGAGAAUUGUGCUUCUGGCUCCUCCUCCUCCUCUCCUCCUCAUCACCUUCAGGAAGAUGCUAGUCACCGUCACAAAUCUCACCUUCAUGCCAAUGGGAACCCUAGGAACCACGAGGACCGGCAGAGCCACAAAUACCCCCAGGCUCAUCUUUCUAAGCAUAAAGUCAGAGUUCAUCACCACAUCACCAGAGAAGAGAGCAGUCACCUCUCUAGCUUUGCUCCUGGAAGGUAUGAAGGCUCUAAUGGAGGAAUUCCCAUGGCUGACUACUGCACAGACGACCAUAAAGUUCAUCCUGACGACCAGAAGCCUCUGUGCUGUCCUGAAGACAAAAAGCCUCCACCUCAGGGUCCUACUGUGACCUUUGGCCCCUGUGUGUUCUGCAGCUAUGUCAGAAGCAUUCCCAACAUGGACACAAAGCUGGUGCGCAACGUGGAGUAUAUUGCUAACUGUUUUAGAGAGCAGAGGGCUACCUGUGCCAAGGGGGCCGAAUGGAAGAAGAUCGCUAAGGUGAUGGACCGAUUCUUCAUGUGGAUCUUCUUCAUCAUGGUUUUCCUCAUGAGCAUUCUUGUUAUUGGAAAGGCGAAGUGACCAAAACAACACAGCAGAUUUAAAAAAAUACAUAUAUUUGACUAAAUGAUCGUGUUUUUUUUUUUUGGUCAGAUAAAAAGAAGUCAAAGACUGAUUUCUUUUGCUAAACAUGCAUGGACUUUGUGGCUCUUCUUCAUUAGUCUGGGUGGAUUGUUGAUCAUAAUAA